UUGUUUUAAAAAUAUAAAGUAUAAGAAAAAAAUAGUUUAAACUUGAGGAGACAUGAGAAGCUAUUAAAAAUAACUAUCUGUUAUUUUUAAUAGUAUUCGUAGAGACUAAUGAAAAACUUAUUGGAACAAUGGAUGGAUAAAAAUAUAAAGGAUAAGUUUAUGCUACUUCAAAAGGAAGAAGAAAACGUUAUAUUGCGUGUUUUAAAGAGAAAAGAAUUCUAUAAAAGAAAAAAUAAAAGAAGCAUUGCGCGAAGCUGAAAAUCAAACGGAAUUGAUAUUGGGUGCCCUGCUUGAUAUAGUGGGUAUUUCAUCCCAUUGAGAGAAUUACAGUGACAUAAUCGACCUUGUAGUGUUAUAUUUGUUAAACUCAUUAAAUGUACGUUCUCGCGUCUGUAGCUCCAUCGAUUAUCACGCGUUUGUGAAUAGAAUGUUUUCAGCUUUUACAACCAGUUACUCGUGAUUGCGACGAUAUUUUUAAAUUCGCUGUUCAUAUCAUGGUUCUUCCAAAAAAGAUUAUAUUCGUGUUGUGACGAGCAUUUAAAUGGCGAGAAAUGACAAAAGAAAGCUAUCAACUAACGCGCGACAAUAAACCAGGACUGGAUAAUUCAAAGUUUGAAGAGACAAAAGUUUGCAGUCAUAAUAUUUUGUUAUACACAUGAAUUUUGCACCACUAUGCCUAUCCAAGACUAAUUUAUAGACAUUUUAUUCUAUUGUCUAUACACAUUUUAUAGUGUACAUAAAAAAUAAAAUAAUGCUUGGUCAAAAGACUGUACAAUCUACAAUUGUUGGAUUCUUAGCAAAGACAACAGACAAAAAUAUUCUGCAGUCUAGCACACCAAAAUCAGUAAAAGAAGAAAUAGUUAUAUCGGAUGUAUCAAAUACAAAGAAUAAAUCAUUAAAUAGUUCUUACAUCGACAAUAAAAAAAAAAUGGCUGGAGAUCUGAUGACAAUAGACUCAAUAAUAGAUCUUGAUAAUUACGAUAGUUCAGAUAGUUCAAAUUCAUGCAAAAGUCCAUUUAAAGCACAAACAAAUAGAAUCCAUGAAACAUCAGAAUCAUAUUAUAUUGAAAGUUCGAUGGAAGAAAAAGAGAGAAUUGCAAAAGAAUCCAGUAAUCCAGUUAAUAAUCUAUUGCAGAAUAGUACUGAUUCUACAAACUCUAUUAUUCCUGAGUCUUCUGACAGUGAGGAAGAUCAGAAAUGUAUCAGAAGACGCUUAUGUUUAAAUCGAAAACUGGAUAAAGUAUUAGCAGAAAAAGAUACAGAGCAACAAACUAAUAUAUCCAAAGCUAGUUGCUCUAUUGAUUGUAAUAAUAAACAUGCUCCUUCUAAUAAUGACACGUUAUUAAGUAAAAAUAGAAAAAAUGAUGUUGCUGAUGUAAUGUCAAGAAGUAUAGAAAGUAAACAUCAACAGACUCCUAAGAAAUAUAUCACUAAUAAGCAACAGAAAAAUUCCAUAAUUUCGGAUUCUGAUACUGAUAGUCCUCAUUCAAAGUACAGUAGCAAGGAAUCACCAAGAAAAGAAUGGGUAGGGCCUGAUAUUAAAUUAAAUUUGAAAGAUUUGGGUUUAAACAAGCAAUUAGAUCCAUGGAUCCAAUCCAUUCAGAAGAAACCAGUAAUGUCUGUGAUACCUACUACAAAGGAUAAAUUGAUAGAAAGACGUGAAAAUUUAAAGGACCUUCAAAUAGAAAUCCUAAGCAAGUUUUGCAUUGCGCUUGAAUUAAUCCCAUUACCGGUGUUGGAACAAUUCCCGAAAUUUGACUCAAACUGCUUUAAGAAGUUACAAGGUCUGCAUCGGCAUAUAAAAGCCAAAUUGCGUUUAGUUCAGACAAAGUUAUUACGUUUAGAAAAAGAUGAAGAAGAGGAAUUAUUAGCCUUUGCAUCUGAGGAAAGCGAAUUACCAGCCUUUGCAUCUGGAGUAUCAGCUGAUAUACCAGUAACAUAUGUGUCUGAGAAGUCUCAGAUAAGUAAUCAUGACAAUUCUAAUAUGUCAAGCACCUCGACAGCCAAAAAAUUAGAAUUCCAUCAAGUAUCAUCCAAUAUAUUAGAAUCAUGUACAAAAGAACAUAAUAGUAGUUUUGAAUCAUCAGCAAGUAAACCUUCCGAAAUCGCGGUUACGACUAAAAAAAGUACUUUUCAACUGAAAAGACCUGUUAAAGCAGUAUUAAAUACUGAUGUUUCUAAAACAAUAGAAGAGAUGUGGGAAAAGGAUCAACAAAUAUCUAGAAUAAUGAAUUCUUCAAUAGAUUCUGAACAUGCUUUUAAAGAUACAUUUAAUAGUGAUAUUACUGAUAGAAUUCCAAGCAGCAAUGAAAAAAGUAUACAUGUGCAAAGUAACAUCAAUGACAGUCCAGAUAAAUGGAUUAGCACCAAUAAGUCUCAUGGCAACCUUCAGACGUUUUCUGCAAAAGUUGAAACACUGACACAACAGAUAGAACAAUUCCCGGCUCUGGGAAAAGAUUGUAAUAUAGACACGGAUAAUGAUUGUACAGAUUUGCCUGAAAUUCAUCAUGCACAAAGCAGCAAGAGUGAUAAUAAAGCAAAAUCAAAAAUCGGAAAAUAUAGCGUGGAAAGUGGAAUAUUCACCGGUAAUUAUAAAAACGACGGCGUUAGUGGAGAAUUUGACGGUUUAACGUAUCGGCAUUCGCAAGAAUUAUCAAAGAUAUUUCGACAAAAGUUUGGGUUAUAUACGUUUAGACCAAACCAAUUACAAGCUAUUAAUGCAACAUUGUUGGGAUUUGACUGUUUUGUUUUAAUGCCGACUGGAGGUGGAAAAUCUCUUUGUUAUCAAUUACCUGCACUUAUAAGUACUGGACUAACAAUUGUUAUUUCACCGUUAAAAAGUUUGAUUUUAGACCAAGUUCAAAAACUUACUUCUCUUGAUAUUCCUGCGGCUCAUUUAUCUAGCUCCGUAACAGAUAAUCAAGCAGAAGCAGUGUACAGAGAAUUUUCCAAAAAAGAACCUGCUCUUAAGAUAAUAUAUGUAACACCGGAAAAAAUUUCUGCCUCACAAAAAUUUUGUAAUGCUCUAACUAUUUUAUAUGAGAGGAAUUUGUUGGCGAGAUUUGUUAUCGACGAAGCGCAUUGUGUUAGUCAAUGGGGCCACGAUUUUAGACCCGACUAUAAGAAAUUAAGAUGUCUCAGAGAUAAUUACCCUAAAGUACCAACAAUGGCUUUAACCGCAACAGCUACACCGCGUGUUAGAACAGAUAUUUUACAUCAAUUGGGUAUGUCCAACCCAAAAUGGUUUAUGUCGAGUUUUAAUAGACCUAACUUAAGAUAUAGCAUAAUUUCGAAAAAAGGAAAAAAUUGUUCUGAUGAGAUUGUGGCUAUGAUAAUGACAAAAUUCAAAAACGUCUGUGGUAUCGUAUAUUGCUUAUCGCGUAAAGAUUGUGAUGAUUAUGCCGCGCAUUUGAAGAAAAAUGGUAUUAAAGCAUUGAGUUAUCACGCUGGAUUAUCAGAUAAUCAAAGAAGUAACUGUCAAGGAAAAUGGAUUUCAGAUGAAGUACGUGUAAUAUGUGCAACUAUAGCUUUUGGAAUGGGUAUUGAUAAACCCAAUGUGCGCUAUGUGAUACACGCCGCCUUGCCAAAGUCCAUAGAAGGCUAUUAUCAAGAAAGUGGCCGCGCUGGUCGUGAUGGCGAGAUUGCAGAUUGCAUUUUGUUCUAUAAUUAUACAGAUAUGCAUAGAAUCAGAAAAAUGAUUGAACUGGAUAAUCCGAAUCCACAAGUUAUUGGUACGCAUAUGGACAAUUUAUUCAAAAUGGUGGCCUUUUGCGAAAAUACUACAGAUUGUCGUAGAUCAUUACAGCUUAAUUACUUCGGAGAAAUAUUUAAUAGAGAUCAAUGUAUCUCAAGUAAAGUGACUGCGUGUGAUAAUUGCAGAUGUAAGGAUGAGAUUACAAUGUUAGAUGUAACAGAAGAUGCAAAAGCAAUUAUGAAGGGUGUACGAGAUAUCAACAAUAAAAAAUUAUGCAGUCUUACAUUAGUAUAUUUAACAGAAAUUUUUAAGGGAUGUGAUCUUAAAAAAAUCAGAGAAUCAGGUCUUACAAACCAUCCUUUAUAUGGUCGCGGUAAAUCAUGGAAGAGGAACGAUAUAGAACGUCUUCUACAUUAUAUGGUACUUCAAGAAUAUCUACAAGAAAAUAUGUAUAUUAAUAAUGAGAUUGCUUGUGCAUAUGUAAAAAUCGGACCAAAAGCGAGUCAACUUAUGACGAAAAAUGAUAUAAAGAUACAAAUUCCCAUGAGGUCGUCCGACAAAACUACGAGUGGUGUAGCCACAGUUUCGACAGUUACAAAAGAAGUAGACGGUAUUAUAAAAGAAUUGCAAGAUCGUUGCUAUAGCGAGUUAAUGACUAUAAUAAGAGGAAUCGCUGGCGCAUUGGAUGUAUCUGCUUCUUCCAUUAUGAAUAUGGUAGCCGUUAGAGUUAUGAGCCAACGUUUGCCAGAGACAGAAGAAGCCAUGUUGCAAAUUCCACACGUCACUAAGGCUAAUUUCGUUAAAUAUGGCAAAGCUCUUUUAGACAUAACACAAAAAUAUGCAGCAGAAAAAACUGUAUUGUUAAACGAGGGUAAUGAACAAAAACGGGAAAGCGAUGAUGAUAAUGAUAAUACUUGGGAUGACAACAGUUCUAAUUUCUCUGGCAAUAACAGGAGUAAUACUCGCCGUGGCAGGAAGCGGAAGAUUGGUAGUAACUCUAGAAGUACUAAUAAAAGAUAUAAACGGGGUAGCUCGAGCACAUGGAGGGGGAAAAGUUCGUCAAGAGGCUCAAAAAGUAUAACAUCAAAACAAAAUGCCACUACAAAGAAAAUGGUAGGACUUGCCAGUUUCAGCCAAACAAAACAAUAUCUCGCAAAUCCUACCAGGUACAUGGACAUUCGUUAAUUGUUUUCAAUUUUUUUAUAAAUUACUUUAAUUUCAUGAUUAUGAGAUUUUGUACAAGUAUGGGAAUAAAAAUAUUUAAAUUUUUUGUAGCACUUAA